AGAGGGUGAUUGACAGCCGUCAAAAUGGCGGCGCCCAUCGUUAUUCCGGAUACCGGCAGUGUCAGAAAUGCAGUGUCUUUCAUCAACACCAUAGACACUGGCAAGUUCUCUCGACUGCUCUCCCGCAUCCUUCAGAAGCUUCAUUUAAAGGGGGAAAGUACUUUCACAGAAGAAGAGGAAGAAAAACUUCAAAUUGCCUUCUCAGUGGAAAAACAGGAUCUUCACCUUGUCCUUGAAACAAUAACAUUCAUUUUGGAACAGGCUGUGUAUCACAACUUGAAACCAACCAUUCUGCAGCAGCAACUGGAGCAUUCCCAUGUGGAUCAUGAUAAAGCAGAAGUGUUUGCCACUACAUGGGCUGCCGCAGGGCCAGACACAGUGGAGAAGUUCAGGCAAAGGAUUUUGUCACCUCAGAAGCUUGAGACGGUUGGAUGGCAGCUUAACCUUCAGAUGGCUCAGUCUACCCAAGCAAAACAGAAGUCUCCUCAAGCUGUAUUGGAACUUGGAGUGAGCAAUCAAGAUUCAAAGAAUAUGGAGAAAGUGUUUGUGGAAUUCAAUCAUCAAGAAUUGUUUGAGUUCUAUAAAAAGUUGGAAACUAUACAAGCACAGCUGGAUUCCCUUACAUGAUGCUGUUUGAAGAUUAACUUCUUUAUCAUAUUCCUGCCAUUUCAGUAUUUUCUGUUAAUGAUAGUCCAACUGCGUGCUGGAUGUACUCAGGUGAUUGCUUUUGGUAAAUGGCUUAUCUCUUCUCUGACCAGUAAUAUUAGCUAAAGGAAAUUUUACGAGAACUGAUGUUCCAAUUCACUGCUU